GCAGAACCUUGAACCCCCCAUGGAGACAUGGCACAGCGGUUCCUCUCGUCCGCCUUCAUGCUGACCGUCUCGCUGUCGUGUACCUACCUGUGCUACACGAUCAUCUUCGGCCGCACAACCGUUACUUCGGGUCGGGUGCACGAGGGAAGCCGAUGCCCGCCGAACCCCAACGCGGCCGGGAAGAAACUUCUCGCCCAGUCGGAGCAGUGUGCCCGUCUGCGGUGGGUCCGCGCCGCCGCCGCCGCCGCCGCAGCCGCAGCCGGAGCCCCUCCCGGUGCUUUCGGAUCUCGUCCUCCUCUUCCUCCCUCUCCUCCGUCUCGCUGGGUGAGAAACUCAAGUUUGGCGCAAAGGUACGGAAAUAAAAAACUCCCUGGCGUCUUAAUAGUGGGAGUGAAGAAAGGAGGAACCAGGGCGGUGCUGGAGUUCAUUCGGAUCCAUCCAGAUGUGCGCGCGCUCGGAACCGAACCCCAUUUUUUCGACCGCAACUACGACCGAGGACUCGACUGGUACAGGGGUCUCAUGCCACGAACACUGGACAGUCAGAUCACGCUGGAGAAGACCCCCAGCUACUUUGUCACAAGGGAGGCGCCCCGCCGCAUCUCCAGCAUGUCCCAUCAGACCAAACUGAUCGUGGUGGUGCGCAACCCAGUCACCCGGGCCAUCUCGGACUACACGCAGACUCUAUCAAAGAAGCCCGACAUCCCCACCUUUGAAGAUCUGGCCUUUAAGAACAGGAGCCUGGGCGUCGUGGACACCUCGUGGAACGCCAUCCGAAUCGGCAUGUACAUUCUACACCUGGAGAACUGGCUGCGCUAUUUCCACCUCUCACAGAUGCACUUUGUGAGCGGCGAACGCCUCAUCACGGACCCGGCGGGCGAGAUGGGUCGCGUUCAGGACUUCCUGGGACUCAAGAGGAUCAUCUCAGACAAGCACUUUUACUUCAACAGGACCAAGGGUUUCCCGUGUCUGAAGAAGCCGGAGAGCAGCGGGCAGCCUCGCUGCUUGGGGAAGUCCAAGGGCAGAACUCACGUACAAAUAGAGCAGGAGGUUAUUGAGCAGCUGCAGGAGUUUUAUAGACCCUUCAACAUCAAAUUCUUUGAAACAGUCGGACGGGACUUCAAGUGGGAUUGAACAGAAACUUCUACUUGGGCAAGUAUGAAUACUUUGACUUGAAACCUCUUAAAAUUUAUUGGAAGCUGCUAGACAAAAUUGAACUCAUCCAGAGACCUGAUUGUCAAACCAGGAAGUUGUUUGCAUUUAUGU